CUUACUGGCACCACCAAUAUUCAUGGGUCUCCAACUGUCUCCAAGUCCCAAAGUCAUAUACGGUCGCACUUUGCAAGAGCUUUUGUCUAUUGUAUUCAACGCGCGCUGACUUCCCAAUUUGGAUGCCUGUCCGACGAUGUCCAAUUGCGUUCUUUGAAUGUAUACGGUUAUAUUCUGGUGACUACUUACCAGAGACGUUAUUGAUUUUAGGUCGGCCCAGUUAACUCAACAGAUUUGAAUGCUCGUCCUAUGUCAUCAUCAUAGGUGGCUUUCACAUGAGUUCAGAGAAUAUAAGUGUAUCUAUUGAUUUCCGCUUUUCUCUCAAGCUGUUCACCCCCUCAUUUAAAUGGGUAUCGUCCGAUUAGAAUUUGAGGUUCAUGUCAGUAUUCGAUCAAAUACGGAGCAGAUAGUUCUCAAAAAAGCUACGGAUUCGCAGUUGAGCUUUCAUUUCCUCCUUUACUGCCUUGCAUACAAAUCAUGAUCUUUGCAGACUUUCUGAGUUUUCCGCUUUUAGGGACCGUGGCUUUGUCCGUGGUCUUACUACAGCUAUACUUGGGCAAGAAAUAUAAACCUCUAGACAACAUCCCCGGCCCAGUCUCUCCUUCAUGGAUUACAGGAAACUUCAAACAAGUGUUCAAUCCCGGUGCUUGGGCGUUCCACGAGCUCAUUGCCGAGAAAUAUGGGGGUAUGGCACGCCUACACGGUCCUUGGGGGACAAAAUCACUCUACAUCUUUGACUCUAAAGCGAUGCAUACAGUACUCGUCAAGGAUCAAGACGUUUUUGAAGAGAGUGACGGCUUCUUAGAAAGCAACCUUUUAAUAUUCGGAAACGGGUUGAUUGGAACCUUGGGGCACCAACAUCGUCAACAGCGUAAAAUGCUUAAUCCUGUCUUCUCGGCUGCUCAUAUGCGGGAAAUGAUCCCGACGUUUUUUCAAGUUGGUCAUCAGUUAGAAUCCGCAUUGAAGAAGCGGCUACAAAGUGGUCCCCCGACUCAAGAGGUCGAUAUCCUCUCCUGGAUGGGUCGAACUGCCUUGGAAAUAAUUGGCCAGGCAGGCCUAGGCUAUUCUUUUGACCCUUUGACAGACGACGAGUCCUUUCAUCCAUAUAGCAAGGCAAUAAAAGACCUCUUCCCCACUCUUAUGCGCGUGCAAUUCUGGCGCAUGAAUGUACUCCAAUAUGUGUCCCGGAUUGGCUCAGCGAGUUUUCGUCGUUUUGUGGUCAAUUUGUUGCCUUGGGAAGAUCUUCAUCACAUCCGUGACAUGGUUGACUACAUGCACCGCACGGCAGAAGAAAUUUACGAAAGCAAGAAACGCGCGUUUGAGAUGGGCGAUGAGGUAGUUUCCCAGCAGAUAGGAAGAGGAAAUGAUCUUAUCAGUGUCCUCAUGAGGGAAAACUUGAAAGCUUCUACUGAAGAUCGCUUGCAAGAUAGUGAAGUUGUAGGCCAGAGCGCAAUGGCACGUCUGCUACAUCUUCUAUCCAAGCAUCCUGAGGCGCAGGACAGACUCCGUCAAGAACUCGUUGAGGCAAAACGCCAGAAAGAAGGGGAAGACUUGACCUACAAUGAACUUACUGAAUUGCCGUACCUUGAUGCUAUCUGUCGAGAAACUCUUCGUCUAUACGCCCCCGCUUCGAAUGUUAUCCGAUUUGCUCGUCGAGACGGAGUCAUUCCUCUUCACAAACCAAUUUUAGGUCUAGACGGUACUGAAAUGCAUGAGGUGGCGGUUCCCCGUGGCACAACAGUCUUUGUUUCCAUCUUCAAUGCGAAUAGAAACCCUGAUUUGUGGGGCAAAGAUGCUGACGAGUGGAAGCCUGAACGAUGGCUCUCGCCGCUCCCGGAACCACUCGUUGAGGCCCGCAUUCCUGGAGUAUAUUCUCAUUUGAUGACCUUCAUUGGAGGUGGACGCUCCUGCAUUGGGUUCAAGUUUUCUCAGUUAGAGAUGAAGGUUGUCAUAUCCAUCUUGGUGGAGACUUUCAAAUUCUCUCCUUCGGACAAAGACUCCGAAAUCUUUUGGCAGAUGAACGGUGUAACGGCCCCUGUUGUUGGAAAAGACAAACAUCCACAAUUGCCCAUGAACAUCAGUUUAGUGAACUGAAAAGUAAAUACUUACGUAGACCCGAAGUAGUACAGAAUAGGUACAUGAUAGUACAUCUCAUUUACUAUCUUCAAGCCUAGGUACAGGAUACAUGUUUUGUGCAGAAGAUUUUG